AUGAUGGAGCACACGCCGCUGGUGUCCAAGAAGACGGACGUCUUCGACCUCGAGCACGAGUUUUGGCCGUACCUCUCGCUUGCCUUCCAGAUGGCGCUCGCCAACAUUGCGCGCAUCGCGCUCACGUCGAUCGACUCGGCCUUUCUCGGGCACCUCGGAACGGACGCGCUCGCAGGCUCGUCGCUCGCGACGAUCUGGACCCAAGUGCCGCUCUUUGCCGUCUGGGCCAUGGCCUCGGCCCUCGUGACGCUCUGCGGCCAAGCGUUUGGCGCCAAGAACUAUUCGCUCAUGGGCGUUUGGUUUCAAAUGUCCCUGAUCCUCGUGACGCUUCUGUCCGUGCCCGUCUUUGUGUGGUACUGGGUCCUCGACGUCGUCCUCUUGCGCGCGACGGACGACCUCAGCAUCGUCGGCCUCGGCGUUCGCUUUGCGCGACUUCUCUCGUUCUCGAUCUGGCCCACGCUGGCCUAUGCGUGCAUGCGCCAGUACCUCCAGGCCAUGAACAUUGUCGCCCCGACAACGGUCAUUGGCACGGUCGCCAUUUUCCUCGCGGUCGGUGCCAACACCUUUUUCAUCUACGGCGCCGGCACCUGGGGUGGCCUCGGCUUUGACGGGUCGGCGGUCGCGACGGUGGCUGCGUCCUGGUUCCAGCCCAUUGCGCUCUUCCUCUAUGCGUUUAGCUACCGCGGCUACCACAAGCAGGCGUGGGAUGGCUGGCACUGGUCGGCGUUCACGUCCGAUCGGUGGCGCACGUUCCUUCGCAUGGCGAUUCCACUCGGCAUCAACGACGGCUUGACGACGCUCGCCAACUCGUGCAUGUCGCUCAUCGCGGCGCAGCUCGGCGCCGAAGUCCUCGCGUCGAAUGCGAUCUUGCUCACGCUCUGGGGCAUGGUCUGGGCGCUCUUCUGGGGCAUUGGCUGCUCGACCCAAGUCAAGGUCGCCAACCACCUUGGCGCCGGCCACCCGAACGCCGCGCGGGCCGCGAGUCGCCUCGGCUUCGCCACAAUCGUCGCCGCCACGGCGCUCGUGGCGCUGGCGACGCUGCUGGGGCGCGACCUCGUGCUGCGAAUCUACACGAGCGAUAUCGCGCUCCUUGCGUUGAGCAACGAUGUGCUCCCGCUCUUUGUGUUGGCGUUUUGCCUCGAUGCGCUCGAGAUCACGAUGACCGCGAUCCUCGAUGGCAUGGGUCAGAUGCCGUUCGUGUCGCUGGUUGCGUUUAUCGCGAUGUGGGGCAUCCAGCUGCCAUUCGCAUACCUCUUUGCGAUCCAUUGGAGCUGUGGCUUUGCGGGGCUCUGGUACGGCAUUUGCCUCACGGCCGGCUUCAAGCUCGUCGUGCUCACGAUCAAGUACACGACGAUCAACUGGGCGGAAAUGGCGCGCAAUGCCAUCGAGGCGAUGGAAGCGCCGGACGCCGUCGACUGGACCAUGCCGCCCGUCGCGAUCGCGUCGCCUGCCAACGUCCUCUUGACGCCGUCGAACGGUUGGGGUCGCACCAAGUCGCACGUCAGUGACAUUUAAACCAUUACAAUAGACCAACGCG